GUAUUACCAGGCGAGUUGAUAGACCUGCAAGAGGAACUCUCAGCCUCCAGUGCCUUCUGUACGUAAGUGUGCACAUUCCCAACUGGCUAACUUGCUGUUGAUUUUCACGAGGAGCAACUUGGCAGAGUCUGCGGGGUGUUACAUGAGUCUUGCGGGGCACAAUAACCUGAAGAAUCAGAAAUGUUAAACCAUGGAGGACAGGGGCUCUCUAACUUUUUGUCCAGAAACUCAGAUCCACAUGAAGCAAACACUAUGACACAUGAUGCCCAUGUUUUCGAAAGUUUAAACUAUUGGAGCACCCAGUGGCUGCCGGUGUUAUUUCCAGAGAUGAAUUGUCGUCCGGACGUGGGAGGAGACGGCUUGGUGCAGUGGCUGGCCACACUGCUUGCUCUGUUCCUUUCACUCGGCAGCUCAGCAGGUUGGUCCUACUCCCGCUCUACUGUGGAGUUCCUGGAGUUUGGCUCCUCCGCUGCCAUCCUCUCAGGGUCCCUUCCUCGGGGAGACGAUGUGAACUCCGACCCCAUCCCCAUACCAAAUGGCUUCCCCUUCUCCAAUGAAACUGAGUCUGUUGUUUUUGUGAAUGUUAAUGGAUUCCUGUCCUUCAGAACAGCUAGAGACUAUGCUAGCCCUGAGGAAGAGUUCAGCUCAUCCUCCGACUAUACUCAUAUCCUUGCUCCUUACUGGGCUGACUAUGACAUCACCCAACAAGGUUGCCGUCUUUAGAACCGUUUCCUUCUUCAUGUGUGCAAGUGCAUACUAUAGCUAUAAUGGAUGCACAAAAAGUUGUUCACACAUCCACGUAAUGCAGUGAGCAUCGCCGCCGAGCGUUGCAUAUGGAGUGGUAAAAAGUAAGGUAAUAAAAAAGUUGAAACA